AAGGCACCCAAAACACAGCUGGAAAUAUUAAUCUUCACUGUGUGUGCUGCUAAAAAAAGUUUUUCACGGGUCAGAGAAGAACAGGAGAAAAAUGUCUUUUUGUAAAGUGGAAAAAGCUUGAGGCAAACAGCAUGUCAUGGACCAGCAUGUCUAAACUGAUAGAGACAACAUACUGCUGAUUCAUCAUAGGUCUCUUGGAGAAGAAGAGGAUGUAAAGUGCUCUAAUGGAUAAAUUAAACACAGAUCACACCCCUCGCAGCAGUGGAAGGAUACAGGAUGAUGAAGAUGUCAAGAGGAGUCACGGUAUGCGGUUUAUGUGUGUUCCUUGCCUUAACAUGCGAGUCAGCUUAUCAAAGACUCAACUCAAUCAAAGAUCUGAAGAAAAUCGACUUUGGUCAGUCUGUACCAAAGCACAGUCUUGUGCUGCUCCACUGGUUUGCAAACACAGUUUACUCUGACAAUAAUGAUGUCAUUUGGUUGACCUUUGAACCAGAUAGAGGAGAUUAUGGCUCUCAUCAUUAUGGCAACUACGAAAGGCUGCUGGACCCGUUACCUCUGGGAAACAUACGAUACAGAUACUUCACAGUUGGAAAUCUCAACCAAGGCACAGCCACACAACUUCCAGAUUAUGUUCUUCAUCCCCCAGUUGAGUACAUGGGAACAAACCGGGACCGGGUCAUAUUCAGAGUCAGAGAGGAACACGCAGCUUCUCAAGCCUGGCACAGGAUAGACCAAGUGUACAUCACUCAACAUUAUGCUCCUUCUGAAGGCCAGGGGACGAGGUAUGAUCCAUGUCACACCUACAGGAUAACUACAAACCUCUUAAGAGAGCUAAGACAGUUUUCUGUAGGAGAAAACAGAAAUUCACUGUCGGAGCUCAGAGACCAUUUUGGCAGUAACAUUGAUGAUUCAGAGUUACGGGACCUCAGAAACACAUGGAGGGAUCUUGCUUGCCUUGGACUGAUGCUGUUUAUUGUAGUCCAGGAAAAAUACUCUAACAGACCCAGCAACCAACCAAGCAACAGACCAAGCAACAGACCAAAUGAGAGACCAAGCAGCAGACCUCAGCGUGUGGUGAGGAGAGAAACACAAAAUGAUUUCAUAGUGCACAUACAGGACGAUUGGCAGUCUCAGAGAGAUGAGGCACUACUUGAUGUGACAACUGGCAAAAAUGGAAAUGCUAGGAUUGUUUGGAGAAAUAUUUCCAGGCACCGUCUACAAGAAGGUGCUAUGGUAGUGCUAUUCAAGAACAACAACGACCAGACAGCUAGCAAAACGUACAAGGUAAUUGAAGACAGUGAGGGCACAUACGACACCUCAGUGCCCCUAAAUGAAGGCUUUCAGGCCCGGUUGCAUAAAGCGAGGAAAAGACUCUGUUUCUGGACAGUAGUGGGUGAAGAAAUAUGCAGAGGUAAAGAGUUUCACAGUCCAGACAAAGUCAUGAUAACAGGCUACAAUGCAUGCCUGCAGCUUUUUGUAAAGGAUGGCAAAGCUUGUGCUCGAUUAUAUGUGAAGAAGACGUUCAAUAAUUGGAAGUCAGAAUUUAACAAGUCUUGGGUAGGGUUUUACUCCUCUGCAAAUAAAUGCACAGAUGAGUAUGAAUUUUGGCGGUGGCAGUGGGCAAAGAAGUUCAAUCAAUGUACUGACUCCAGAAACUCCUCUUAUGAUAUCUUUGAGUAUCACUCAGGUAUGGCUAUUGCUCCUGGAGUCCAAGCACGAUUCAUAAUCAGGGAUUCUAUAGUAAAAGCAUGCACACCAAGCUGGAGCUCAUAAAGACAUUCGAUCCACUGGAUAGACUGAACAAAAAAUGUACACAAUCUCAAACUUGAUUAAGUUUGCCUACAGGUUUUGUCUUAACAAAACUUUGUAUUAUAUGUUUAUAUUCUAAUGCAAAUGAUAUUUGAACUUUAUUUUUGAUGGCUUUUUAUGUUAGUGAGAUUUACAUGCUGCUGCUUGUGAUGAAAGACCACAUACAAUAAAAAAUGAGAGAUGUCCACGCCAAGAAUUGUGCAACAAAUCACUGUAAAUGUAAGGUUUAAAAACUAUUCUAAACUAUAAGAUAGACAGGGACAAACAAUAUUGUUGACAUCAGUUUCAGUGUAAUUUGAGGAACAAUAGAAACCUCCAAGGCUUGACAGUAAAUCAAAAAAUCUGAAUUUACAAGCUAUUCCAUUUAAUGUGUCACUACAGCACUGCAUGUUAUUUAAUUUUUACUCAUUUUAUUCAAUACAGAUGAUAAAAAGCCCCUGCUGGGCUGCACAGCUGUGGUGCUGGACUGCACUUUAUUAGUGAUAGAAUAUGUUCCAAGACUAUUUUACUCACCCAUCCUCCUGUGGGGAACACAUACAUUUUUCCAUUCCUGAGUUCAAAGUACAGUGUUAACAGGUUAUCAGUGUUAAGUCUGCACUGUUUAUCAGACCGGACACUCUUGUUAUUAAAGAUGGUGUAGACUGCACUUCUCUCUGCCACUGAUCACUACUGAACAAUUUGUAAAUAACUAUAAAUAACUUUGUACAAAAUUAAAAUUGAUUUUAGUUGCCUUUUAAUAUUAUAAUAAAAACAUUAAAACAAGGUCAUAGUUAAAAGUGAACCUUAACCUUGCCUGAAAACACAACUGGAAAUGUGAGGCUUAAUUGCUCUAUUUGCAAAAUGUAUUUAAAGUUUUUAAUAAUAAAUCAUGCUUUUGUUGUUUUUACCGAGCAGAAUGUUUUGUAUAGCAGAUCAUAGUUCUGUCCUCUGGUACUGCCAUAAAACUCAAGGUUUAAUGUACAUAAAAGGUCAUGGUCCAGCAUGUCUAAUGUAAUAAUGACUCACUGCUGUUGUAUCUUGUAUCCCAAAGAGAAGAGGAGGAUGUACUUUAAAGACCAUCUCCACUGUCAAUGUCCACUGUCCAAAAUGAAAGCUGUUUUAAUGUUUUGUUGUAGAGUUGAAAAUUGUGUAAUUAAA